GAGGAAUGCCAAGGACGUACAACCACUCUCACCUGCAGUCGCUACAUCUAAAGACAAACCAACAUGUUGAAAUCAACCUACAAACCAUCUGCCGCUGCAGAAGCGGCAGCUCAACCCCUUCCCCCAGGGUGGACUGAGCACAAAGCUCCGACCGGCCACACCUACUACCACAAUGCCGCGACCGGCGAAUCGACCUACAAGCGGCCUGCCGCCGCCGGAGUCUUUCCCAUCCCGCCACAACAAGCCCCACAGAUGCGCCUAUCCGACCCGGCCGUCGCCAACGCCUUCAUGGCGCAGAUGCAGCCGCGCCCGGCAAACGACAGCGACUCGCGAGGAGGAAGGGGAGGUUUCCGGGGCAGGGGCGGCCGCGGCGGUGGCGCCGGCGGCGAGAGGAGACCGCCGCCCCAGCCGAACGACAAGCCGAAGAGCAAGGUCGCCAUACCGGGAUGUGAGCCGUGGAUACUGGUGUAUACCAAGUACGGCCGGCGGUUUGCGUACAACCCGGAAAAGAACGCCAGCUACUGGAGGAUACCGGACAGGUUGAAGGCUGGGAUUCUGGAGCUGGACACGGCGCGGAUCAGGGAGAAGGCUCAGGGUGCUGCUGGUACGACGGAAGGCUCUGACGAAAAGAAGCCUGCUGGUGGUGCUGACAAGGGUGAUGAGCCGGGGGAUGCGUCUGGAAAAGACGCCCCGCCUGGAGACGCCGAUGAAAGUGACGAGUAUGAGGAGCUGGAGGUCACAGACGAUGAGGAUGGUGAGGACUUUGGUGAUUCAGACCAGCCAUGGAAACGGCAACGGACAGAGGAGCCUUUGGAAUUCGGUGAAGACGACAUUGCUUUCCAGCUUCAGGCCAUGGGGCAGGAAUACGGCCUAGAGCCAGGCGAUUACGACGAUGGAAACAUGGAGGACUGGCCCGAGGGUGCCGAGGGCGCAGAGCUUUCGGAAGAGGACGCCCGCGGGCUUUUCAAGGAUAUGCUGAACGACUUCAACAUCAACCCUUAUAGCUCUUGGGAUAAGCUAAUCGAGGAGGGCAAGGUCUUUGACGACCCCAGAUACACGGUGCUCACGACAAUGAAGGACAGGAAAGACACAUGGGAAGAAUGGUCCCGAGACCGCAUAAAGAUUCUGAAGGAGCAACGAGCCAGGGAGGAGAAGAAGGACCCAAGGAUACCUUACUUGGCAUUCCUGCACGAAAAGGCCAACCCUAAACUGUACUGGCCAGAAUUCAAGCGUAAAUACAAAAAAGAAGGCCCCAUGCGGGACGCGGGCAUCAGCGAUAAAGACCGCGAAAAGUGGUACAGGGAGCACAUCAACCGGCUCAAGAUGCCGCAAGCCACGCUCAAGGCCGACCUGACGGCCCUCUUGCGGGCACAACCACUGUCGACCAUGAACCGCCAGACCAACCCUUCGCACCUCCCGACGCCGGUGCUGACCGACAUUCGCUUCAUAUCCCUCGACGCCAAGACCAGAGACGAGCUCGUCGAGGGGUACAUUCAGACCCUGCCCCCACCACCCGAGGACGGUGAGCACGACGGUGGAGCCGAGGACGAGGCGGCCACAAAGGCCAAGGAGGCGCGGCUGAAGCGCGAAAAGGCGAUGCAGGAUCGUGAACGCGUCCUCGCAGAGGAAAAGAGGCGGAAGGAGCGCGACUUGGCACGGAGCAAGGCUGCGUUGAGGGAGCAGGAGAGGGAGUUGGAAAGGGCUAUGAAUGUGGACCGCAGAGGUCUGCAGAGCCAUCUGAUGGAUGUCGAUGAGCCUGCCAAGUGAAGGCAUGACAGUAAUGAGAAAUUAAUAAGCUUGGAUAUCCCAACAUCAUGAAGCCCGAGUAUCAAAUCACGCGAUGCAUUGGCCAGUGGGGCGACAGACACGCCAUCGACGGAUGCCAGCCUAGACGGCGAGUUUGUUCAAAUCACUAUCCGCAUCUGAGAAUGAGCACAUUGCGAGAAGCUAAAUGGACUGUAGGACGGCUUCUAUUUCAGUGGACGCAGCUUGAAGUUAACAUGCUCAUGUAUCGGGCAAGGCCGGUAUAAAGUAGGGUAAUAGACGGGUUGUGUUGAGCUUGAGGAGCAGGCCAAGGCAAAGUGAACUUUGUAAACAACAUUCCACUAGGUUACACCCCUUGAAGAUGAUGGGUUGAUCCAGCGGGUGAGACGGGGGGGGGGG